AUGGAACCCCCACCGAUCAAGCCACCACUUCCACCGGAACCAUCGGAUAAACACAUCCAAAUGGAGGUAGAACCACCUCAACACUCCUAUAAGGAAAUGCUCCUGGACAAACAAGUGAGCAACCAAACCAACUACUACGACAUGGACAACAAGUCAAUUCCACAGAUGGAUAAAGGUAAGCACAUUGAAGGCUCAAUUCCCCUCUCACAAGAGGAAAAAGAACGCCUUUAUAUGCCAUGGAGAUACUCGGUAAUUAUCAAAAUAUUCAAAAGAAAGAUGCCUCACCACAUGCUUCGCUCUAAGCUAAUUGACCAAUGGAAGCCAUCUGAACAGUUAAUCUUGAUUGACCUAGGGUGGGACUUCUACAUAGUAAAAUUUAGCUUAGAGGAAAACAUGGUGAAGGCACUGCACCUAGGGCCUUCGUUUAUCUCUGGAAACUUCCUAUCAGUACGAAAAUGGAAACCAAAAUUUAUCCCCCAAGAAGCCACCCUCACCUCUACCGCCAUUUGGAUACGGUUACCCCAACUGCCAACAGAGUUCUAUGACAAGGUUAUAUUAGAAAAAGUUGGGAGGAAAUUAGGCAAACUCCUCAAGAUAGGUCAAUGCACAUCCUCUACCCUAAGGGGGAGAUAUGCACGCAUCUGUAUCCAAGUACCUCUAGAAACUCCAAUGGAAACAACAGUAAUCAUAGGAGAUCAUAAGCAGGCAGUGGUUUAUGAAGGCGAAGGAACCCUUUGCACCAGUUGCGGCAGGAUAGGGCACACUGCUCCUUAG